AAUUAUUUUUCCAAUAUAAAUUGGGCUUACUAAUAUUACAUCGAUACUCUCUGCCUAUGAUUCAUUCCACUUUGCAGAAUCUAUCCUCCAAAUUCAUUUUUCAAGAUCAAGAUCAAUAGUAGCGACUUGACAAAUUGGCACUAACUCUGACUUUCAUAUACCAAUAGUACGUGCAUGAUUUCUUAACCAUAGAAUAAAAAUCACGAUACUAUGGAAAAACUGAACAAGCUCACUCAUCUUCAACGACAACUUCUUGACGCUAUUUUCAAUAGCGGAGUAUCACGUCAAUGUUUGUUCCAGUAUUUGGAAAUUACAGAACAGCAGAAACCUGGCAGUACCGUUGGAACACAAACUGAUAUUACACCACUCUAUACUCUUUGGGAUGAAAACGAAUCAGAUGUAAAGGAAAAUUAUAAGACAACAAACGAACAAAGAGGAGGAAGUUUAGAAAAUUUGGCCAGGGACGGAGAGGCACAUCAAGGGUCAUGUACUACAAAGGACAAUUCUGGAUCAACCAAGACACUCAAAAAAUGUGAAGAUACGAGCGUUAAUAUUAAGCAAGAAAUGAUCAUUACAGCGGAGGACAUAAACAGAACAGACAAAAAGAAACCAUCUGAGAGAAAUAAAGGGACAACAAACAGUUCAAGAAAAAGAAAAGGUUCCGUUUCCGCUCACGACUUGUCACCUAAACCACAGGAUUUAAGCAAAACCCGAAGCGUGAAAACUGCAAAUAGGAGUCGCAAACAAGACAAGGAUGACAAUGGGAUAAAAGUUACAAUUGAAACAGUUCAUUGUGACAAUAUUGUACCCAUGGAACUUAAUGUUUCACAUUCACUGAACAAUAAGUUAGCUGCACACGGUGCAAAUUCGGGCACAACUUACAGCGGUUCAUCAGCCAGGGUUGAAAACCUUCAGCCGACUCGCUAUAUUCAACAUCAACAGGGAGCUUUCGUUCAACUCGAUAUAGCACGAAAUUUAGCCAUGGACAUGACUUCCAACUACCAACCAUCUCGAGCAAUUACUGAUGAAGUUAUCAGAUUUGGACAGAUGGGACGUAAUUUAUCAAAGGAAGAUAACAAAUCAAUCAUGCCAAGUGGUGGAAUUAGUUCAUCUCAACCGUCUGUAACCCAAACUCACUAUAGAAUACAGGACAAUAAUAUACAAAUUCACAUGCCCACACAAGAUAAUUCAAACAUGUAUGCUGAACUGAAAACUGCUCAACAGCAGCUUAGUGAUCAACAGCAAUUUUCUAACGCAAUGCGUGCUCCAUCGUUUGACAAUGAAUAUGGGACCCAGCAAAGAAUGCAUUUGCCUCCUCCUCCUCCAGUUAUAACAUCCUCUUCUAUCAGUGGCUUUGAAGCAAUAUCAAUGCAAACCGGCUCAGCAAACAAUUAUUUCCAAGACAUGGGUGUAGAACGACAAGCCGUAUAUGGGGAUAGUGUGAAAACAGAGCAAAAUAAUCAAUCCAAUCCCGGAACGCUAGAUGUUGAACUGGGAAUAGUACGACAAAACGAAUAUUCAGCAUCGCAAGUACAAUUUCCAACAAGUAUGGUGAUGACCUCGUUAGGCGAUGUAAGACAAGGUGUAAACUCUAAUUUAGAAUGUAGCAACCUUAACCAACAAGGUAUAGAUCAAACUCAUUCACAUCAUCUACUUGCGCAACUGCAAGAACAAUCGCUUGGAAUGAACGCAGAUAUGUACAUGAUGCAAGCACCAAGUCACGAAGUCGUUACACAAGUAAAACGACGAGAAGACGUAUUGUACGGCGGUCAAAAUAUGCAAGAAGUCCAUUUACUGGAAGAUGAGUCUGAACAUCAAAUGCAACACCAAACUAAGCUUGAGCAAGACACUUUAUAUGAGCAAGAAAAAAUGGAAUUGGACAACGGUACCCUUGGCCAAAAUAUCAGAGGAAAAAAGAGACCCAAUGAUUCUGAUGAUGCGGCGUCUUUUAAUGAUUCUAAUUUAAAUGAAAUUGAACCGGACCAAAGUAUAACGGAUAUUGUGCAAGGAACACCAGGGAACGAGAGCAAAAAGGCCGAAGCGGAACAUUUACUGAGUUUGGAUCCAUGGCGUGUUGCAAAGUCUGUGAAGGCAUACAUGGCUCAGCAUAAUAUUCCUCAAAGAGAAGUAGUAGAUUCAACAGGUCUAAAUCAAAGUCAUUUAUCACAACAUUUGAACAAGGGAACACCUAUGAAGCAGCAGAAAAGAUGGCUUCUGUAUGCUUGGUUCAUCAAGAAAAAGGAAGAAAUAAACGCUCAAUUUCAGAUUGCUAGUCAUGGCUUGCCUCCAGAUCAAGUUGAAGAAGCUGCUGGUGUGAGCAAAAGAGCCAGGAGGAAUCGAUUCAAAUGGGGACCGGCAUCACAGAGAAUUCUAUACGACGCCUAUGAAAGACAACGAAAUCCAACUAAAGAUGAAAGAGAAACCCUGGUCACACUGUGUAACAGAGCUGAGUGUGCCCAACGUGGAGUGUCUCCUUCUCAUGAAAGUGGGUUGGGAUCGAACUUAGUUACUGAGGUGAGAGUGUAUAACUGGUUCGCAAACAGGCGAAAAGAAGAAGCAUUUCGUCAUAAACUUGCUCAAGAUGGAUCAUAUGCGAAUGCAGAACCAGUCGAUAUUACUAAUGACGGUAGACCAACAGAUUUAAAGGUCUCCGUGGGGGAUAUUUAUGCAAAAGGUAUUCAGCGAUAUUCAUUGGAACACCACCAACAGAGUCAAGAACCUAUGAAGUCAUCAAGAAGAUCUAGUGUCAAAUCCCAACCAAUGAAAGGGAACAGGAGUAGCAAUGCAACAGGCAAUUUAAACAACCAUCCCAGCCAAAGCGGUGGAGGUAUUGCCUUCGUUACACAACUUCCGCAGGAAUCAAUUGAACAAAGAUUGGAACAAAAUGGUGCAAUUAUUAGUAAUACAUAUAGCAUGAUGACAAAUGUUACUCAAGUCAAGGGUGCGACAAUGUGUUCGCUGCCAUCUGUCAAUACAUUAUCACCAAUUGUGAAUGCCCAUCAGAUACAGCAAAGCGCUAUCACAGGUCAUUAUAGCCACAAUGGUAUCGAUGCAUCAGCUGUUUCUCAAGACCCGUUACAUCAAGGGUUGAUUUUGAAUGGAAUCUUCACACAAGGUCUCCCUCCUCAAGGAACCAUAAUGACGUCUCUGCCCACUGUACGACAGACAAAUAAUUCGUCUUCUCCGUCGCCAGCAAAUAUCGUGAAUGAACAUCAUCAACUUGCUGCUCAAUAUCAAAACUCAACAGCGAACUACGUUCAGUCAGCAUUCCCCGUCACGUGUCAUACCAAAGGCGCAACGAGAGCAUAUCAAUUUAUAACAGCUUCACCGUACUCCGGAUCUGUACCAUGCACAACAGGAGGAAUCCAAAUCCCGGAGGGUGGAAUACAACAGUUUAUUCUUGCAUCUCAAACUGAAAACCAAGUAAAUUCGAUGAGAAUUCCAACAGAAAAUAAUCGGCAAGAAAAUUUGAUAUCUGGUGGUAAUCAUUCUUUGAUAACACAAGAACAUCCGGAGACAUCACCUAAUCAACAGCAGCAAAGGCUAACGUAUCGUCAAUAAUUCUCAGCAAUCCGUUGCUUAUUUUGUCGUGUGACGAAAACAUCAUAAACGGUGGAAUGUUUUAAAUAUGCUGUAACAACGAUAAACCAAACUGGUUAUCGCUCGACGACACUUGAGACGAUGUGUCCGAUAUGUCUAUCAAUCCAACAUUUGUAUUGAGAUGUUGAAGAAUCCAACCCAACUCUCAGGAAUGAUACAGCAUUGCGCUAUUUAUAUACAUUUGUAUCAAAUGCUAACACCGAACGCUACAUGCAGGAUGUUUGUAAUCUAUGUUUUAAAAGCCUUCGAAACUAAUAAAUAUCAACGACUGUGUGCUUUCCAAUAAUGAUAACUUCAUGUAUAUCCAAUUGAUGCUAAAAGCUCUAAUAAAAAUGAUAAUUGAGUUGAUUCCCACAAUAAAAUGUGUAAUGCCUAUCGCAAAACUUUGAUUCCACUUUUAAACUGCAAUUUAGCAAGAUUGAAUUCGAUCUAUAGAGCGUGAUUUCCAGUCAAUUUACCUCCAUUGACCGGUUUGAAAUUUAAAACUAUUUAUUUAUGUUUCACUUUCAUAGCGUACAACAACAGCGAUUCUGUGGCGGCGACACGAUUACAUUAAGUUUAUGCUUGCUUAUUUAUACUUGAUUCGUAUAAUUUUUCGAUUAUCAUGAAUGACCUGCUGUCUAUUUUCUCUUUACAUUUUGUUUUACAAAAGAUGAAAGCGUAAAUUAUUUUCGAACGUUUUAUAGAAUCCGUAUAAAAAUUUGCCCGCACAUAGAAGAAAAAUCUAUAAAAAUGGUAGACAGGGCGUCUGCCAUUCAUUUUACACGUUUUUAGUGGUCUUUCUUUAUUACAAGCUUGAAAGCUUCGAUUUCGGGAGAGCGGAGAAGACGAUAACUUCCGUAUGUGAAACUGAUUUUGCGUCACAUUUUAGACAAGAAUCAUGCUUCGUUGGUACUGAUUUUGUCCGAAGCGAUUUUACUUAUUAAAUAAAGUCAAUUGUGUAUUAAUUCUAGUGGGGAAACACAUACGAACAACAGAACAGUUACUUUGCUGAGUACACUAAUGAAGAAUAACAACAGAAGGGUUGAAAAUGCCCAACCGUCGUAGUUAUCUAACUAUCUGAAGCCAAAUG